AAGAGCAUGCCUCAACUUGUAAACUGUGUGAUCUGCCCAGAUGUGCCAUGUGGUUGAGUUUUUCUGCUGCUGGUUAGGGUACUAUUUUUACAGUGGCCACUGUAAUUUUAUUUCUGAAACCGACCUCGUACGUUGGAAACUGUCGUUGACGCCGCACUUCAUAUAGAAACAUGCUGACAUUUAGCAAGUUAACGGCUCUACGACAUCUCUUGGGUUUCCAACGCACCCGUGCUGCUUUUGUUGCGCUACCGCUCGGUCGUGACUACAGCACAACGGCGAAUCCAAAUGACAAGAGCCACAUGAUCGUGCUGACAGACGAUGGCUCCACUAUCGUUUGCUGGCACCCCGAGCAGGAAUUUCCUUACGAGCACACCAAGCCACUUCCCAGAGUUGACCCUAAGUUGAAUGAGGGAGACUCUGCACUGAAGCUUCAAGUGCGCCUGGACAACAUCAACCGCAGCUACAGAAACGAGAGGCUCGAAAUAGAGGCGCUCACCAAGCUCACCUAUACCACAAAGCAUCGCUGGUAUCCAAAGAACGAAAAGUACAAGGACCCAAACCCUCCAGUCGACCGAGAAGGUUUAUAGUAUGUGGCCAUUGCAGCAUAGCAAGACCAAUCAUCGUUUCUGACCAGAUAGGUGCUGUAAACCCUGCAGUAGCAUCAGUCUAGAGAAGAAAGGAAUUUCAGAGUGGCCAGUGACAUCGGCAUUGCCGUUUCUAGAUUUGAAAGUGAAAUCCACUUCCUGUAGCAAUAAAGAAGGUUGGUCAUUGCCCUUGGCA